CGUUUUAGAAUGUCUUGGUUUUUCAAAUCAAGUAGUAAUUAUUCGCCUCUUCCUACAACAGACUGUGAGCCAUCAGAUUAUGCCAAGAAAGCGUUCAGUUUUGAUUCGGCAUUUAAAUUUGAAGAACGGAACAAUGGAAAAAAUUUUAAAUCUGUUUUUAAGUUUGAAAAAGCUCGCAAUAACAUGGAAGCUGAUUAUUAUAAGUAUGUAGAAGGAGAGAAAAGCCAGGUUGCAUCUCCUCUUAUUCUUCUCUCUUAUUUUCUCACCAGUGCUUCCUAUUUGAUCUUAUUCCUUGGGUUCCCUAUUCUCUAUUGGGUUUGUGUACUCACACUAAGAGAGACUGACCGGGUUAUAGUGUUCAGGCUGGGCAAGAUGACAGGGGUCAAAGGACCAGGACGUGUGGUGGUCUUCCCAUGGUUGGAUACUUACAAGAAGGUGGAUGUUCAAGCCUCAGCUUUUAGGUUUGUGUGUGUUUUCUACAAUGGGACCCAGACAAAUGUAAAAUAG